AUGAACUCUCCAGUCGACAUAGAACAGGUGUUGGACCAGAUACGGACCAGUGAUUCACACUACCGUAACGAGCUGGGCUCGUUAUUGCGGUUGGUGAACGCGUUUGACUCUCGGUACAAUAACUAUUUUGACGACAAGAUAGACGACGAUUUCGACGAGCUGGUUGACCAUCGGCAGGCGAUGAACACGAAGCUCACCAAGGUUGUUCGUUUGUUGAUCGUGUCGCACAAAGAUUUGGGGUCCAUAUUGGAACAGAAAGACCUGAUGGAGCUUGCUGCAAAUUUUGCACGCUGGUGCAUCUCCGCAAACAAGGGAUACCGCCAGUACGUUGAACUGUACCGGAUCCGUGACAACCAAUCGUUAUCGGAGGUGGAAUUGCGCAGACAGCCACUGUUGAGACUCGCUUACCUGCACCAGAGCGUCAAGACUGUCAAGAACUUGUUGAGCUUGCAGAUUGAACAUUCGAAAGGCGGGACCGUGUUUUCCGAUCUGGAAAUCGCUCUCCACAGAUUGGGCCAGCUGAUUGAGGAGGCGCGGAAGAUGGAUCAAGUCCAGCGCAAGAAAUUGGACAAUCAUGUCAAUUUCGCCAAUGUUCGGUCUAUUACCGAUUUUGCAAUGGUUUGCUCCAGUUUCAACGUGAACGCCAUGGUUGAUCGGUACGAAACGGAAAUGUACUACACAAACGAGAAGUUGGACGUUUCAUUGAUCUACAAGACCAUGGAGCUGGUUUUUCUGAAGAACAAUACCGUCGCGAUGGUUUCAGUCGAGAAGGGUCACAGGGCUUUGUUGUUUCCGCCAUUGCGUGCGAAUGAGCUUCAAUACGACAAGCAAGUUGAAGAGGAAGUCUACCUUUUCAGACACACGUUGGAUAAAGGGAUCUGUAUCUAUUUGAAGCUUGAUGGAGACAUCGCUGAUAAAUUGCUAUCUUUUUGGAAGAAGAACGUCCAACUGACCAAAACACGCUCGAUGGGCAUGGGAAUUUUGAUCCAGAAGACCAAGUCCGAUCCCCAGAGUGAUGUGGUUAGCGAGCAUGAGGUUAGAGAAGUCAAGGCUUACAGAAGAGACCACAAUGUUCCACCAAGAAGCUUGCCAAAGAGCACUUCCAAACCGGACACCAAGAUGCCAUUGCAGGCCGUCUCUGACUCUCAGUUGAACAUGUUCGAUGCUCAAAAGUUUGCACAGAACUACCAGCACGGAAUUGACGGCAGCUAUCUGAAGAAAAAACGGCAGUCGGUGUUUGGCAUGCUUUCGAACAUCAUCAAGAAGAAGCAACCAGUGAACGAACAAAAAGUGCCGGAGGUGGAGAACCUUCUUGCUAACAGCACCCAUACGUUUUUGCAAAGAGUUCAAUGGUGCCAUUGGAAAGAAAGUCGCUGGUCUCAACCAGUGACCGUUGAUCUUCUUCUGUUGCAAACAAGUACCGAAACCUUUUUGUUUGGGACCCGUAUCGAGUCCGAUCUGGGAACAGAGUUCCUGGUCAAACUCAACGACAGUACCAUUGUCAGACGCUCAUCAGAAACAGUGAUCCACAUCACCAGCUCCGACCUGCAAAGCACAGUCACUCUUUUCAGACUAACCACCGAGUCUUCAGUUAAUGCCAAUCAACUAUCGGAGAUCUUGAAGACCAGAUCGACCGCCAUCUCCAACUCCAGCUCCCAAAGUUCCGGCCUCAGCACAGGCACCGGCAACGCAUCUUUCAAAACAUUCAUUACAUCUACAUCCACUGCAUCCAAUACUUUUAAAUAA